AAUAAUAUUUACUUAAAUUAUAUACGAUCACAGAGGAAAAUGCUAUUAACGUAACUGCAUUUAGUAUAUAUCUCGUACAGUUCUAUUAUAUGAUUGUUUUUCAAUAGAAAUAGCUACAGCGAUGAAACUGCGAGACCAAAAAUAUUUCUUGCCAAGUGUCACGAUUCCGAAUUCUUUGUUAUCGAUUCUUUCAGUUACUGUAGUAUUUGUCUCGGCUCUUAUUGAUCCAAAUAUAAAGGUAUCAAGUUCUAAGAGUCUCGGAUUCUACAUACAUAUCGAAUCCCACAGAUUCUAAUACGUUUCUUUCAAAUCCCUUAAAAAAGGUUGCAUGUAUCGAGCUCUAUAAAAUCUUAAUUAUUGGAGUUAUGUAAAUUUCAAAAAAUAGUCAUAAUAAUAUAGAAAGACAUGGAUUAUUAUAAUCGUUGGUGCAGCAUUGGUGCAUUGUCGGUAUUUAAAUCUUAUUUUCUUCGGGGAUACUAAGUAGCUUAUACUUCUUUAAAUCUCACGUAUUACGUCUGGCUUUUAAAUAAGAAAGCAUGAAUUCUUCUUCUUAAUCCUCGUAAUAAUCUUGCUCCAUACAGUAAUACAGCUAUUAUCUUUUAAAUGCACUACGAUGUCUAAAGUGCUUAUUGUAUCUCACAUGAGAAGGAUUUAAUAUUUAAAAGCUUAAAAGGAAAGUGACUUUUAUUAAUGAAAUAACCUUUUGAAAUUUGGUUGAAUAUAUUUUCGAAAAAUCUUUUUAAUACAUUUAGUAAUGUAACAAUGCCUUUUUUAUGUCUUCUUCCGCGAUGAUUGAAAUUGAUACGAGAUUGGGUAUAUUAAGUAUCAUCCAUAUGGCUAUCUAAUCUUUAAAGCAACUAUAUGAACAACGACAUAAUUAACGCAAAGGGAAAAUUACAAGUUAGUCAAUUACGUACACGCGUUCAAUACGUUUGUUUAAUUACGUCUGGAAUUAAUUACUUUAAUGUAGCGUUUAUGCGCGUACUAGGCAAUUAAUGGAAGAACCCUAUGAUGUAACGCUCACAAAUUACAAUCACAAUUGCUGGUCUGCACGUUAGUCCAUUACUGAAACUACAAGGACUUAGUGUUCUCACUGGACUGACUCUAAAAGAAACAGCCAAUCGAUUUUUUAACAAAAAUAAAAAUUAUCCACUUCGCAUAUGAGAGAAAUAAAACGUGAAUGUAUUUAUAAAAAUUGCAAACAGUUCGAUGAAAGCAGUCUGUGUCUCGAACCUGUUUUAAAAAUACUAUAUACAAAAUUAUGAUAUCAUUUUCUGUAACGUAAAAGACUAUCGUUAAGCUACAUAAAGAACUAAAAAAUUUGCAAAUUAAUCGACUUACUCCUCUUCGCUCUUCUGACUCUAAAACCCUCAGUUUUAAUUAAUCCACAUUCGAUGGAAAGGGGGGAAAGAAUUUGCCUCUCUAAAAGUCUAUAUUACGGAAGAAAUUCUGAUUUAUCACAAAUUCCGAAUAAAUGAAUAAUAUAAAAAGAAGAAAGAGGCGAAGAGAGAAGAAUUUGCCUUUUUUGAGUUUUUAAUGGAACGGCAAUAAGCGCAUGGUAUCUCGGCGAGCUGAAAGGUGCCAGAGAGCGGUGAGCACACGCGUCAAUCAGCGUCGAUGAUCGCUCCUUGGAGUUGGUCGUACUCAGGAGCACCGAUGCCAGUCGGGUUGCGAGCUUCGACCGCGAAGCUCGGCCCAGCACGCGGCUUCCUCCUCGCAGGUGCGACAGUUCGCGUUCAUGCCUCGACCCGUGGAAAUCGCGCGUUCACCUCGAUGGACCGUGCGAGGAGAGAGAACGACACGCACUCCAAGCCGACACUCUAUGGGAACAAGCGGCUAUUGGAGCUCGAUCUGGACUACUUGGAAAGGAGAGGAGGCGAUACGAUAACUUGUGAAAACGCCGAAAGUGGAUCGAAAGAGGAAGAAAGCCCUGCAGACACUCUGGAUCGUGUCAAAGUUGUGUUUCUCGGUGCACCUGGGGUGGGAAAGUCCAGCAUAAUUAGGCAAUUCGUGUGGAGCGAAUUCUGCGAGGAAUACAAACCGACCGAGCGCAGAGAGACUUUCUAUCCGAGCGUGGUACUCGCCGAUCGAUUGUACGAACUAAAAAUCACGGAUCUACCGAUGAUCCCGUAUUUUCCGGUCAGCUCGCACCUCGAAUGGACGGACUUCCGUUAUUACGGACUACGAAGUGCGAACGCUUACGUUCUCGUGUUCGAUCUCAGUAAUCAGGACACGUUUCAGUAUAUUAGGACGUUACGAGAACAAAUCUACGAAGCACGGGAUAUGAGGGGCAUACCGUUAUUGGUAGUCGGGAACAAGCAAGACGAAUUAUCGCCUGCGGCUGCUUCCGGAACUCGCUACAGGGACAUCGUUAAUCUCGUUCGGAAGCACUGGCGAUGCGGCUACGUCGAAUGUAGCGCCAGAUUUAACUGCCGUGUUGUACAGGUAUUUCGUGAACUGAUGAAGAGUAUUCAAGCCGUGGAAGGUAGACCACCUUCUCCCACGCCAGCACCCUCGCAACCUCUACGAUCUCACUCGCACGACACCAGCGAAAAAUGUAUUCUUCUCUGACAUUGAAGCCAGAAAAUCAACGUGCUCGAUUUCUGCGACCACAUCAUCAAAAGAAGUUGCUUCUAUCUAUACCAUGACACGGGGUCGUAGUUUACUCGAAGCGGACACGAAAAACAAACGUUGUCAAAAGAUCCUCUAUGCAAAAGCUCAAAUGCACGCAAAAUCCCAAAUUAUUCUCAAUAUCCCUCUAGUCGAGUUGUAAUCCGAAUCAGGAGUCCACUCAGGAGCCUUUUGUGGUUCAUUAAUCGACAAUGCAGAAUGCAGUAUUGUGAUUGUUGGAGACAUCGAGAUUUUUCAUGGAAAGCACGGCCACCUUUUGCGCAUAAAUGACAAAGAUUCUAGAUUUAGUACAGUUUUCUUGUGUCUUUCGUAAAUUUAAUGCUGUAAGUACAAACUGAAGCGAGUGAGGAAUAAUUUCACUGUUAUUUUUUUAACAAUUUUAAAAUUGUAAUUAUCAUUCGAUCGCUUUUCGUGAAAGAUCUCUCAAAGCUCAUGAAUUAUCAGUAUUACGAGAGUAUGAAGUUGGUAACGAAGGAAAUACCGAAUAUACUUUGCGAAUCGAAGAACCUUCAGAUCUCGUCUGUGAAUAUUCCCACCGAAACUGCUCAUCGUGUAACUUUAACACUGAAAAAUAAUGCAAUCAUGUUGUACAACUGCACUUUCGCGUCGAGAUCGACGGAAAGAUUGCAAAUACGUAUGUAUGUACGUAACCGACUGCCGAAUCCCUCUAUGUACAAUUUAAUUUCUACGAUUUACUUUAUAAUUCGCUCUGUAAAUAUAUCAUGAAUUUCUUCUAUUCUGUACAAACGAAAUUUAUAAAUGAAUUUAUCUCACUUUUUCAAAUUCCUACAUAAGAUUUCAAAUAGUUUAACAUGCGUAAUUACAUAAAAUUGAAAUACUACUUUCAUUUUUAGAAAUUCUUCAUUCAGAAUAUAUGUACCAGAGAUAAAUUUAUUUAUAGAUUAGAAUUAGUUAUUCUAUAUACACCUCUAGAACUUAUAUUUUGAUGAAAAAUUAAGAGAUCUAUUGUAAUUGCAAACGCAAUAAAGUUCGCUCUAUUUUUCUGUGAUAUAUUUUAUUGUAUAGUUUGUUGCUCUAUUAUUGUAUUGAACCUCGAGUAUACGAAAUUAAUAUUUUUAGUUCACUUUCCAAUAAUGCAUUCGGCCUAAUAAUAAUAAAAAUAAUAAUAAUAAUAACAAUAAUAGUAAUAAUAAUAAUAUUAAUAUUAAUAUUAAUAAUAAAAAUGAUGAUAAUAGCGAAGAAAUAAAUGUAAUAAUAGCGUGUUAUUGAGAGUUACCUCAGAUCAAGCAAUAGUGUAUACAAUAUACAUAUAUUUUACUAUACUGUUAAGGAAUUAAUCACUAGCCGUAAGCGUAGCUAUUCAUAUUGUGAAAUACCGUGCACCUAUACGUAUGCAGAUCUCUGAAAAGUACGUGUUAUCUGUUGUUGUCGUUUGUACGUAUUUUAACGUAAGAACAUAAUAUUAUUGGCUCAAUAAUUAAGCGAUUGACAAGGAAACCGAUUCUCCCGUUUAACAAAGUUCAACGCUCGUUGUACGAUCGUUUAUGAAUAUUUUAUGAUAAUUGCCAAAAUCGAAAACGAUACACGAACAAUCGAUUGUUAUUUCAUUUCCACGAUCAAUUUGUUGUCCAGUAUACGCGUAGGCCACGCAGAAUGAAUAUACGUAAAUGUUGAAUAUACCGAAUAGAGCGACAUACAAACUGUACAUUACAUAACAUACAAACAUGUGUUCGUUGGUAAAAAAAAAUCUUUGUAUCGAAAUAGUGAUUCUAGACAAGGUACAGAAAUUUCGACGCGAAUUUGUACAGUCAUCGAGAGUGUGUCGAAUAAGCGUUGUUUUACAUACAAAAUAUCACGCGUUAUUUUGUAUGCAGGAGUAAUGCAAUAAAAAAAAGAAACAAAAGCAAAAAUAAAA